AUGGCGAUGGUAUGUGUUACCGUCGCCGCUUUGCUGACCUCGCCUUCUGCCGCUCUCCAUACCGACAAAGGCUUGUAUGCAACGCUCUCCACAUCGCUGGCAUUCAAAAAUGAUCACGAUCCGCCCUCCGGGCCCGAGCCGGCGCCGUCACCGACCUCCAUCACUGAGCCCAUCGCGCCGAACGACCCGCGUCGAGCGUACAUCGGCCCGUGGUUUCAACAGCAGGUCGCGCUCUCCUUCCUCAUCGGCCUUUUGUCACUCGUCCUCUUCUCCUUUCUCCGUCGCAAGUAUAUCGCCCUAUACGCACCUCGAACCAAGAUCACCGGUCUCUUCAGUCCCUCAGUCGAGGCCUACACCGCGUCGCACGAUGAUCUGGAGCUCAAACACCUCUUUGCUUGGAUCUUGCCCACGCUAAAGAUCAAAGAGGUGGACUUCAUCCAGAAUCUGGGCAUCGAUGCGAUAGUACUUCUCGACUUUCUCAAAAUGGGCUUCUGGCUCUUCUUCUUUCUGUCUGUCUGGGCUGCUGCCGUUCUCAUGCCCAUCAAUUGGAUGCAAAAUGGAUCCAUUGAUGGCGUGGCGCCCUCUGAAGAGCAAGACAGCGGCGGCGACAAUGAGACGGAAAAGACUACCAAUUGGGUGUUCCCUGCAUCGUUGCAGAUGACCCUCCUUCCAAACGGAGGGGGCCCCCUUGACGCUCCAAUUGAUCCGAUUCCUCGGGUGCCAAGUGUACCCUCGGUACCGCCUCAAGCGACGCUGUACCACUUUAUGCACUUUCUCUCCACCUUGCUCAUCUCAAUUCUCGCCAUUCGUGCCAUUUACCGCAAUUACAUGCGCUACGUCAAGUGUCGCCAGCUAUACGCGCUCCAAAUCCUCGAGUCCAUUCCCGCACGCACUGUCAUGCUCCGCCACCUUCCCAUGCAUCUGAAAGAGGAGAGGAAGCUGGCGGAAUACUUUGAGGACAUGGGGCACCCUGUCGAGUCGGUUUCACUCGUGCAUGCUGUCAAGGGUCUGGGGAGGCUCCUGGACGAAAGGGCACAAGCGUUGUACAAGCUCGAGAAGGCUUGGUCCAAGUUCCUAGGCAAUCCGACGCCCGCCAAGGCAUAUGACCCGGGGGCUAUUCACCAAGCCAUCCAGCGGAUGGCUCAGCAAGAGGAAGACGAGGGUGAGAGGGUCCACGCACGCCGCGACCUUCCAGUUGGCGCUGCUGGUGCACCCGAUGUGGAACGUGCGCCACUGCUCAUCCCCGCUGAUGUCGACGACCCGACUCGAAGAAUUCAGCUUCCUUCCGCCAAGCCCAGGCCGACAAUGCGCACAAGCUCAUGGAACCCAUUCUCUACGCAUGUCGAUGCGCUCGACGAGCUAGCGCGUCGUUUCCACUGCAAAGAUCGCGAAGUGACCAAGUAUCGCACGGAUAGCCUCACGUCGAGCAUCGUCACCGGUGUCGGCUUCGUCACCUUUCAAUCGGCCGAGUCUGCGCAGAUCCUCGCACAGAGCGUACACUAUCCUCUCCCGGGGCUAUGCAUCACGACUCUUGCACCCGAGCCAAGGGACAUCAUCUGGUCGAAUGUCGCCAUGCCUGCUGGCGAACGCCGGACGCGACAGGUGCUCGUCAGCGCAUUCGUGCUGCUCGUGCUCAUCUUCUACAUCCCGCCUUUGACGGCGCUAGCGUCCUUUCUCAAACCGGAAGCGAUUCGAAAGUACGCUCCGUGGCUCUACAAGCUGCUCAGCGCUGAACCGCGCCUCGAGGCACUCGUACUCAACUUUCUACCAUCAAUCGUGCUCAUCGCGUUCAACGCGCUAUUGCCCAUCAUGUUCGAAUGGACAGCGUACUUCCAGGGGCUCCGCGCCAGAAGCCUCGUCGAAUAUUCUGUCUUUAAAAAAUACUACCUCUUCUUGCUCGUAUCAGUUGUGUUCAUCUUCCUCAUCACCAGCACGGCCUGGGAGGUGAUUACGCAGCUCGCCAACAACCCCAUGUCUUUGCUCGAGAAGCUUUCAGGCGCCUUGCCUAGCGCGCGCAAAUUUUCUCUAUCCUACGUGGUGCUGCAGUCGCUUGGCAUCGUCCCUUUGCAAAUGCUCCAAUUGCCGAUCGUCUUCCUUCGCUCCUUUCAGCGCAUAUGGACGCAUACCCCGCGCGAGCACGCAGAGCUCAAUGCCCCACCGCAGCUCUACAUCGGCACGGUAUACCCACAAGCGCUGAUCGUCUUUACGAUGUCUAUCCUUUACUCGAUCGUCAGCCCGGCGAUUCUCUGCUUUGGCUGCCUCUACUUUGCCUCGUGCUACGUCGUAUACAAGUAUAAGAUCCUCUUCGUCUACUACAAAUCGUACGAAUCCAAGGGAGAGGCUUGGCCGCUGUGCGCUUCAAGAUGCAUGUGGAGUCUCGUUCUGUUCCAGAUUUUCCAACUCUCACUUUUCGUCGUUCGCAAACAGGCAUUGCUCGCCAUCCUUGUCGUCCCGUUGAUCACGACGACCGUGUACAUGGAAGGCUACCUCGCACGGACCUUUGCGCCACUCAGCGAGAACGUAAAUCUUAGCAGUAUUGCGGAGGCCAAUCAUCCGGCCGGACACGAAGCGACCGCAAGCGCCCCGAACGAAGCCAGUUGGAACAUUGGCACAAGUGCGGACGGCCAGCUUGCCAACAAAGCCAAUCUGCAAGAUGAUGACACUCUCUUUGUCGCUGCAAGCGACCGACAUACGGAUUAUCGCGAGCCACCAUCACAAGGCACUUACUUCCCUGGGGUGCUUAACACUGGGAGAAGGCGGUAUGGGCAUCCAGCGCAGACGGGAGUGUUGCCAGAGCUAUGGCUACCAAUACCAGAAGAAGCCGAUGCUAACGAGCCUGAGCCGGAAGAAGAAUAUAUGCGAACUUCUGCGGCCCUAGAGCAUGCGCGGACCACCAGCUCAGCUAGUUGCAAGCAAGACCCAAUUGUGCUGUCAUUGCGCAAUCGUAAACCUUCAUUGCUUUCUCGGCAUCGCUCGAAUCCAAUCCCUCGGCGUCACACUUCGCUUGCCCGUGGCGGGAGCGGCAUUGGGCAUGCGAAUGGUGCUGGACCUGCGUCGCCACCUCCAGUCCAAGCGCCUUCUAUAACGCAGUACCCUUCAGGGCGUGGGACACCAGAGGCACCCAACAUUUGGACAGACGGCAUCAGCGGGUCGCAGGGCACGAGCGGAGUCGCAGCGGUGGGCGAAGCGCUCACAGGUCCGGAAGCCGUUGCGCCAGCGCGGCUUCUCUCUGCGAAUGUAUAUUACGGCGCGCAUGGACGCGAAGGAGCCGGCGGUGACGAUGACGAGCAGGAACAGUUCGAAGGCGUUUACAUGCAUCGCGCUCCCUCCAGCAUACGUGAGCGACCACUACGCAGGCAUGCAUCAUAA